AUGCCCGCAUAUCCAGGACUGCUAGUACAAGAGCAAGAACAGCUGAAUGUAACUUACAAACCUUGCGUCCAACUCAUACACCUCACGGAUGGUGAUCUACCAUUCUUGAUCUCGACUUAUGGACCGGACGGAGCAAUCGCAUACUUACAAGAAUGGAUCGACGCUAGGAGAGGUUCUCUGGUGAAGACACCUACUGGUCUGAUUGAUUAUCAAGGCUUAGUGAAUGCCGGAAACACUUGCUACUUGGAUUCGGUGGUGUUUGCAUGCUUUGUCAACGCCUCGCCGUUUGAUUUCUUGCUGUUGAAGAGUGCCAGCAAUCCCGCAGUCAGAGAAAUCCAAGUCACUCUACGAUUCAUCGUAAAUCAGUUACGUACUGGUAAACUGGUAAUGCCGCCAACGAUACAGAAACUCUUGUUUGAUUUGGCUCAGGUUGGAAGCCCUUUCACAAGCACUACUCAAUGUGACGCAUCCGAAUUCUUCUUGUUCCUUAUGUCUGAUCUCUGUCUUCAAGCUCCUGACUUGCCCCUCGUCCAACGUUUGGUCUACGACGGUUCUUCAACAAUACGAGACGAAACUCAUAUGCGAGAACGUAUAUUGCAGCUUGGAAUACCAAAGGACGACAGGACUUCAAAAACCUUACUCACUGUUGAAGACUUGCUAUUCUCAUAUUUUUUCGACAAUCAAAUCAGUGUGACCCGCGAGCUAGACACUCGAGGAAGGAAUCGGAUUCUCGUAGAAGCAUGGGCUGCCACCAAGCUGAUUCCCGUCGUGGACUUUGGAGGGAGAGACGCGACGUGGUCGUGGUUCUCUUCUUUGGGCAACGCAAACAUGGUCGUUCCGGUUGCUUUGAAGAGAUACGAUGAGACUGGUCAACGAUUAGCACGUAGAAUUGUAAUCCCACCUCAGAUUCCAUUUGGUCUUUUUGCUCAGCAGCUCGGCAACUCUCACACAAGCAAUCGAUCUCAUUACACCCUUGUUUUGAAGAGCGUCAUUUGUCACCACGGGAACUCAAUUGAUUCAGGUCACUAUGUCAGCUAUGUUUGUACCGAAUCCUUGAAUGGUGAAGAAUGGGUGCUCUUUGAUGAUUUACGUAUUCCUCAACGUGUUGUUCGAUUCUCAGACCUCAAGUCAGAGACAGCAGCCUUUGAACAGAUGAGCACAACGGCUUACUUGCUGCUUUAUCAACUGGUUGCUGAUGGUGCUAAUAACGCGCUCACGCAACCAACGGAACAAGAUCACGAUGAUACACUUGAAGCUCAAAAGCUGCAAAACAUCGAGUUUGAACGUGCUAAUGGUGGUAUAAAUGGCAGCAACGUCAGCAACGGUGGUAUAAAUGACAACAACGGCCGCUUAGAUCGAACCUCGCAUCAAUCUGCAAGAAGAGAAACAAGUUUUAAAGAGGGCCAUUUCAUUAUGGAACACGAUUUGCAAGUGUAUAUUGCCAACACGCCCAAUGGCCAAAAGCCUACCAUCUUGCUUGAAGAAUUAGGGCUUCAAUACGACAUUCGUUACGUCUCGUUUGCAAACAAGGACCAAUUCAAGCCUGAAUUUCUCAAGAUCUCGCCCAACAAUAAGAUUCCGGCUCUUGUUGAUAAGAAACCUGACCCGCAAUUGUUUGGUGAUGGAGGGCCAGUGAGUAUAUUUGAGAGUGCGGCCAUCAUGCAGUACAUUUGCCAGUACAAGGCACCAGCAAACGAACUGUAUCCCACCACGAAUCCACGAGCCAAAAUCGCGACCGACGAAUGGCUUUACUUCCAAAUAUCCGGUGUUGGCCCCAUGUUUGGCCAGCUGGCUCACUUUAAAGGGUUUGCUACAGAAAAGCUGCCCUACGCCGUGAAACGAUAUUCUGAUGAGGUAGAUCGCCUUUUUACUGUGGUGGAACGACGGCUAUCGGAACAUGAAUGGAUUAACGGCUAUGGAUACUCAAUCGCAGACAUUGCCUUGUUUUGCUGGCUUAAAGGAUACACUUGGUUGGGAAUUGAUAUCAGCAAGUUCCCAAACGUUAAAUCGUAUGUUGAAAAGAUAGCUUCGAGACCCGCAGUGGAACGUGGGUUGUCGAGGGCCGCACCGCCCGUUGUUCCCACUCCAUCUGAAUAA